GAUAUGUUAAUCUCUUCUGAUAAAGAAAAGGACCCAGGUGUUAUUCCUGAAGAUAGCAGUCUGCUAACUCUUCGAAUUAGAAAGAAGGCAUUGGAGAAGAGAGAAGAAACAAUUAUUGUGGAUCGGGCUUGCAGACAAGAAACGCUUGCUUAUGAGAUGGAGUCACAUGCAAUUGGGAAGAGGCCAGACAAUCCAACAGAUCUAGUUGAGGAGGGAGAACUGCUUUUAACUCUGAACAUCUUCUAUCCUGUCAUAUUUCAGAAGCAUAAAGAUCACAAACCCUAUCAGACAGUCCUUGUACUGGGCAGCCAGAAGCUCACUGAGCUGAGAGACUCCAUUUCCUGCGUCAGUGACCUCCAAAUAGGUGGUGAGUUCAGCAGUCAGCCAGAUCAAGCACCAGAGCACAUCAGCAAG